AUGGUUAUGCAAUUUAUUAAUAAGAAAGAAGAUUUGCUUCGUUUAAAAUCUAGGCAAUUUAGACUUUCCGAAGGAGAUCGCAACUCUCGUUUCUUUCACAAUUCUCUAAGGAGUAGAGAUCUGGGACUGUGGAAGGAAGGUGUCAUAACAGAGAAGUUUUCCUCGGAGGAGGCCAAAAAAAUUGUCAGCAUUCAGUUGUCUAGACUGCCUACAGAAGAUAAAAUUAUAUGGCAUUUCGAGAAGAAUGGAGAGUUCUCGGUGAAGACGGCAUAUCACGCAGCGAGGACUCAUAAAGAUUCUCUGAACCCUGGUCCGUCUACUUCUUCGAAUCAGAAGCUCUGGAAACUGAUUUGGAAAGCACCGCUUAUGCCCAGACAGAGGAACUUUCUUUGGCGUGUUGCACAAAAUAUUUUGCCCACUCGAGGAAAUCUGUCGAAGAAAGGUAUCACUCUUGACCCAUCCUGCCCUUUCUGUUACGAUGCUCAUGAGACAGUGCAACACCUUUUCAUGGACUGUGUUUUUGCGAGGCAAGUCCUGUUUUCCUCACCCAUUAGUUAUCGUAUACCAGCAAGUGUCCAUGUGAACCAAUGGAUUCAGUCAAUUCUGGAGUGUGGGGAGAAUUUGGGGUGUUACAACAAGAGCUGUUGUCCCGUCUCGGUUGCUAAGGAUGCGAUUGAUAGUUUGCAGGAAUUCCGGAGAAUGAGCCCGGGGAAGGCUUCGAGAACUGUCUCGGCUGCGGUUGAGUACCUGGGUAAUUUUCCUCUUGAUGUCCAGUUUGACCAGGUAGAUGCAGGGUGUGCUCCGGAUGGUUCUGCAGUCUUUGGCUGUGUGUUUAAAAAUCAUGCUAAGGAGGUUUUGAUGGCCGCGAGUAAGAAGGAAAGGAUUGAAGUCGAGCCGAGUCUUGCGGAGUUGCUUGCAAUUAGAUGA